CCACGUGGGGUGAGUCAGCGCCGGGCGGGGGCCGCCUGCAGAUAAGGAGGGAGGCGCCGCGGGGCUGCGGUGUUUGCACGCAGGGGCCGGCGGAGCGAGAGGUUCCUCCGGUGACGAGUACUGCUUUGUGGCCAAGAUGUGGCAGUCUGUGUCUGCCCUGUGUGUCCUGGUGACCCUCGUGAGUGCCCGCAGCGUCCCCUACUUUGCUCCCCUCUCGCACGAUUUGGUCAACUACAUCAACAAACUCAACACUACAUGGCAGGCUGGGCACAAUUUCCACAAUACUGACAUGAGUUAUGUGAAAAAACUGUGUGGCACGUUCCUGCAUGGGCCCAAACUGCCAGUGAGGGCAGCGUUUGCUGGAGACGUGAACUUGCCAGACAGCUUUGACUCCCGGGAACAGUGGCCGCAUUGUCCAACCAUUAAUGAGAUCAGAGACCAAGGGUCCUGCGGCUCUUGCUGGGCGUUUGGUGCGGUGGAGGCCAUUUCGGACAGAGUCUGCGUGCACACCAACGGCAAGAUAAACGUGGAAAUCUCGGCGGAAGAUCUGCUGUCUUGUUGUGGCUUCAAGUGUGGGAUGGGGUGUAAUGGCGGCUAUCCUUCUGGAGCGUGGGGAUACUGGACUGAGGAAGGCCUGGUGUCCGGCGGGCUCUAUGACUCCCACGUGGGCUGCAGACCAUACUCCAUCCCUCCAUGCGAGCACCACGUCAAUGGGUCACGACCCUCGUGCACUGGGGAGCAAGGGGACACCCCGAGGUGCGACAGACACUGUGAAGCAGGCUACUCGCCUUCAUAUGAGAGUGACAAACACUUUGGCGCUACAUCUUACAACGUCCCUUCCAGCGAGGAGGAGAUAAAGGCUGAGAUCUACAAGAAUGGCCCAGUAGAGGGAGCAUUUGCCGUGUAUGAAGACUUCCUCAUGUACAAGUCUGGUGUUUACCAGCAUGUCUCCGGAGGAGAGGUUGGUGGCCAUGCGAUCAGAAUCCUUGGCUGGGGUGUAGAAAAUGGCACCCCCUACUGGCUGGCUGCAAACUCCUGGAACACUGACUGGGGUGACAAUGGUUUCUUUAAAAUCCUCCGAGGGCAGGACCACUGCGGCAUUGAAUCCGAGAUAGUGGCUGGCAUCCCCAAAACAGAACUGUACUGGAAGAGGAUCUAACCCCUGGCUUGGGUGCAACUGAAGAGAUCAAACUACAAAUAAUCACGCCUCUGUUUCUUAUAUCCAGGAGCAGGCUGGGCACAGAGCCUGCACUCUUGAGACUAUGGUUGAAGCUACUUCCUAAAGCCUUUUAUCUUGUUUAGUUGUGUGAUGGGGAUGAAGGCGGUGGUUUCUGUAUCGAUGCGCUAGCUGCCUUUUCUACUGGAGCGCUCUGCUUCCCUUCUCAAAGGACUGGGCUAGUAGUGACAUAGCUAAUCACUCACCACAAUAUUGGGGUGACUGAGAAACUCUGGCUUUUACCAGCCUAGUUCAAUGAACCUUCUUGUCCAAGCUUGGGUGGAAACACAACAGGAUAGGCCAAAGUACCUGCAUGGUCUGGCUGGCAGGACUGGAUGACCUAGGGGGUCUCUUCCAUCUCUGAGAUGAUGCUGGCUGCUGUCCCCAAGUUUGACUUCCGCCCUGUCGUGUGCCCAGAGACCUAAUGGCUCAGAAGUGGGUAUGUGCAAACCCUUGUCUACGGUGUAAACAUUGCACAUGCACUUCUGAAAGCACGUGCCUAGGUUUAUUUGCUAACCUUGUUUCCUGAGUGUGGGGGGAGCCUAUUAAUGGCACGAUACUGACAGGGGCUGGCUCUGUAUGGAGUAGAACAUGGCUCUUCCACAACUUAAGCUUUUCAUAAAUAUUUCCUCUGCUGUUCUGUUUAGUUUUUUUUUUUUUUUUUUUUUUUAAAUAAACCACUCAGCUCCUCAACCAUUUGUUACAGAUGUGGUGGGUGAUGUGAUCAACCAGCCUGUUACACUGGCACAUGGAUGCUAAGAACAUCUCACUGAACUAAAGCAAGUGUGGUGUUCAAACGAAGGUCAAUGUGGGGCUUGCAGAUAAAAUAAAUUGGGCAGGGUUGCUGCCUCUCUUCUUCCAGGCAGAUGCUUAUCUCGGAGUGUGGUUCAUCUGGGUUCAGUAGAUUGGUUGGAAGCAGGCUGACGACUGCAAUGGCAAUACUGUCCUAGGGUGCUUUAGUGACUGCAACUUUGAAUUCAGGCUGGGUAGGGGAAGAAGGUUCGAUAUGACUCUAAAGGCUUGUCUGGAUGGUAGGGGAAUGCACACUACAGAGGUGAGACUUCUAAAGUGUAUAAACCUAGAAAUGGAACUAGGUUAAAGUGCCCAGGGGAACCUUGAGCAUGCAUCAGCAGGGUCUACAUGGACAAAUUAAUGCAUGUUAGAAUCCUUUAGAAAUCACACACCUGUGGUGCUACUUGCCUGUGUAGACCAGCCCUAAUUUCUUAACUCACUUCACAUGCUUGCGAUGACUGAUAAUCUAGCUUUUUUGCACACAACCAUCCUAUUUUUUUAAAUAGGGAAUCUUGUUACUGCUAACAUUUUAGCUGAGGAUAGGAGGGAAAAGGAGAUGGAUGUAGGAAGAACGGUGUGAGCGUGGGAGGUAGUGGCACUAAUUCAGUUAACUGCUGCUAGUGUAACAAGCUGGAAGAGCCUGGGUGGUGGUUAAAGCAGAGGGCAGGUUUUGCUUACUGGAGAGAUCCCCUGCUCCUGCAGUGAGGAACACUGAAUCACCUGUGGAAUAGGACACUUGGAUUUUGUGUUUAAAGAUGGACUCUAAUUUCUGUUGUAAUCACUUAUCCAAUAGUAAUAUGGCUUCAGUGUAGCUGAGUGGAACAAUUGUGCCAAUAAAAGAUUUCUCCAA